UGUCAACAUUUUUUUGCACGAUUAAUAAAUAUUUGAUAAAUAAUGGAGAACUUAUUGCGAUCCCAAAUACGAGAGAGCUGCAGGCUCGCCUUGCCCGAGGGACUGAAGGAUUUGAUGGCUGAUAUCUCUCGAGAAGUACUACGCGCUCAACCUGAAAACCUCUACCAAUUCAUCGCCGACUACCUUUCCUCGCUGCUAGUUGCGCGUGAGCACCUGUUCAUUGCGGCGCGCGUAUGCGACGACGUCUGCACGAACACUUGUUGCGCGGACUUGGGAGACGAACUGCGCGCGCUGUCGCUGAGUGAAGAAGACGUUCAGAGCUGCUUGGAAAUUAUCUCAGGGUACUUUUCAAGUGGUGAAGUGAAAGAGGGAAAUUUGCUACAAAAGUUGGUGCGAGAAACCGGCAUAGACCCAAAGGCUCUUCCCGCCGUUCAAAAUGCGGUGCGGCGUGCUUUUCUGCGACACCAACUGAACAAAUCCACUCAAGUCGAGUCAUCGUCAACAGAUAGCGAGUUGGAUGAGACAUCUCUAGCAGCAAAACACACGCUUAAAAUAUACAAGAAAGUCACUGAAAGUCCAGACAUUAACUACGAUUGCGUUGCUUCCAAAAUACAGGCAGCAUAUCGCGCGUACAACGUUCGGCGUUUACGUAAAGCUGGCAACAAGCCGCACUCCAAAAAGAAGGAGGACACGAAGGAAGAGACAGGCGAGAAAGUUCGAUUUCAAGUCAAGUCGGAGCAGCUUGUGGCAGAUUUGGUCCAUCCAAAGAGAUGUGCAAGCAAAUGCUCAUCUAUGUCCCUGGCUGGGUCGUUCCUCUCACUGCCCCUGUACAAGCCGUAUUCCAUCGGGCAGCCCUCGGACAUCACGGAGGUCGACGAGGUCUGCGAGAAAGAGACGGAGAACGCCAAUUUCGACUACGUCACCAACGAACUCGGAAAUCCGAAUAAGACCCAGUCGUGUGUAAGGGAUUCUUUUAAUAUAGGGAUAGCAGAAGAACGUCCCGUGGCCAACCAAACGCUUGAUUCGGAGUAUUUUCUUUGA